AUGGAAGGUUGUAAAAGUGAUAAUAUUAAUAAUAAUAAUAAUAUUAAUAAAAACUAUAAAACUAUAAAUAAUCCAGUAUUUAGUUAUAAUUAUAAAUCUACACCAAUUAAUGAAAAAGCAACAUUUUUGUUUGAAGAUAUUUUACCAACUAUACUGGUUGAGGAAGUUCCACCAACUCCACCAUCAUUAAUAGAUUUUGAUGAUGAAUUUUACUAUAAUCCAACUUUUUUGGUUGACAAUAAUGAAAAUAUAAAUGAAAAUAUUAAAAAUAAUAAUUGUAAAACUUUUACUAAUGAAUUCAAAGAAACCAUAAGUAAAAAUGAAAAUGUUACCAAUCGACCAAUACUAAUUUCCAAAAAUAGUAAAAAUUCAAAAUUAUUUUCAAAAACUAGUUUAAAUUGUAAUUUACACUCAACAAAAUUUAAAAUACAAAAGAAAUCUUCAUUUAUACUAAAGAAAAUAAAUAUUUAA